AUGUCAAGACCAGUGAUACAGAAGGGACAGUGUAUCAUUGGCAUCAGGAUUGGAGCAGUGAGAUCAAAAGAAGAUAUGAAGAGCAGAUGUCCAAAUGUUGCUAUACCUCUGUUAAAAGCAGAAACAUCAGAGGAAAAGGCCGCAUCAUUGGCAGCAACAGCAGUGGCAGCGGCAGUGGCAGCAGCAGUGGCAGCAGCAGCAGCAUUGCAUGAGAGCUGCAGUGGCAGCAGCAGUGGCAGCAACAGCGGCAUUGCAUGGCAGCAGCAGUGGCAGCCGCAAUGGAAGCAGCAGCAUAGCAUGGCAGCAGCAGUGGCAGCAACAGCGGCAGCAACAGCGGCAUUGCAUGGCAGCAGCAGUGGCAGCCGCAAUGGAAGCAGCAGCAUAGCAUGGCAGCAGCAGUGGCAGCCGCAGUGGCAGCAGCAGCAUUGCACGGCAGCAGCAGUGGCAGCAGCAGUGGCAGCAGUGCAUGGCAGCAGCAUUUCAUCAUCAAAGACAAUGGCAGCAGCGGUAGGAGGAGGAAGACGAGGAGAAGGAGGAACGGUUGUGUCUCAGCCCGUUUUACUGUGUUGCUCCAUCGUCACCCCCGUCAUCGCCGUGAUCAUUGUCGCCAUCACAUCUGUCGUUUUCACCUGA